AUGAAAUUUCUUCGCUCCUUUGGUUUCGCCGCCGUUCUCUUCUACCUGCCAGUGUAUGUCCUUGGUGGCUCACGAACGUCCCCGCCGGCUGGGGCAGUAAUUGUUCCUACAUCGGGAGAAUUCCAAACCAUCUCUGGGGCUGUGAAUUCUCUUCCCAACGAUGGCUCCUCAAGAGGUAUCUUCGUAUACCCCGGAAACUACACGGAGCAAGUUUCAAUAACUCGACCUGGACCACUCACGAUCUUUGGUUACACAUACGACACAUCCACCUAUAAAUCCAACACCGUGAUGAUCCAGUAUGGGUUAUCUGCCAAACAAACUGGGUCGGAUGAUGCGAGUGGAACUCUUCGCGUUCACAAAGACAAUUUUCGGAUGUACAAUGUUAACGUGAAGAACACCUUCGGCAUUGGCUCCCAGGCCAUCGCAAUUAGCCAGUAUGGAAAUCGCGUUGGCUUCUAUGGUUGCUCCUUCAUUGGAUACCAAGAUACUGUUCUCGCAGAGCAGGGAGCUCAGGUAUAUUUGAAGGGGUAUAUUGAGGGUGCAGUUGAUUUCAUCUUUGGCCAAACAGGUCAAGCCUACUUCGGAGGCAACGUGAUCGCAGUAUCCUCAAAAGGAUGCGUGACUGCCAGUGGCCGCGCAUCCAACGACAAUACGAGUUGUAGGUACGUCUUUAAUCAAAAUACCAUCACCCUCACUCCUGGAGCUGCGUCUGGAACGGCUGGUCAUGUUUUUCUUGGAAGGCCGUGGCAAGAUUUUGCAAAAGUCAUUUUCCUCAAUACCGUCGUCAGUGCCCCUCUGAACACUUCUCUGUGGUCUGUUUGGAAUGCGGGCCAACCGAAUACCGAUAACGUCUUUUUUGCUGACUUUAAUACCACUGGUAGUGGUGUUAAAGGUGCUCACCGUGCCAAAUUUUCUACCCUUCUUACUGCGUCGCAAGCAGCGCAAUACUCAAUCUCGAGCGCCGUCGGCUACGAUUAUUCUUCAUGGGUCGACACCUCCUACGUUGUUUGA